GACUGUCUGAAGGUGGUGGGGGAUGGACGCACGUCGUCGCCUCUCUUGUGGUUAAGGGUAAACUUUCCUAAACUUGUGUGUGGACGGCUGUGCGCCCUGGAGAAAGUGAAGGUAUAGGAGACUUUCGGACGCCAGGAACCAUAUAUAUACAUAUAUUAUAUAUAUAAGAACAUAGCAAGGCGUCAUGGUGAUCGGGGUGAGGAAGCAGCACUGGUUCCUCCUGUCUCUCUCCCUCACUGGCGUUCUUCUCCUCCUGGUCUACAGCACCAAGCCUCUCACUACCAGGACCCCGCUCCCAGAGGAAGCCGAGGUGGGAUUUCUUCGCCGAAGGAUUGCCAACGAUGAGAGCAGUGGAGGGCCGAGCGGUCCAGGCCUGGAGCCGCAAGUGGACACCCUCAUCCACCACACUGCUCCUCCACACCCCACACCACCUCCUCCACACCCAACACCUCCUCCACAUACUCCUGUCCACCUCUCCAAGAAGGAGAGAGAAGACCUAGCCAAACAGGGCGUCCUGCUUCUAGAAGAUGACCAUGAUGGUCCAGCUGAACAUUUACAGGCUGAUAAACAAGACAAAACAAAUGAACGACAACAACAGCAUCACCAGACACAAUCAUAUCAAAAUAAAAAUAAACAUCUAGAGUCACAACAACAAAAUAAUUAUCCUGUGCCACGCGUAAAACAAGAACAGACAAACGAGAAACAUUUACAAAAACAGGAAGGUAGCCAACACGACCAAUGGUUACACCAAAUUGAGUUACAGCACAAAGACUUUCUGAAACAACAACACAGAUUACAGGAACACCAUCUCAAACAGGCACAGAUAUUGCAAGAGAAGUUGCAGCAGGAGCAGGAGACAGGGCGGCCAGAGGACACCACUGACACACACCACACGGGCCUCGACCCGCAGUCCCACAACACCAGUGGUACCGGCCUGGCCAAGAUGUCACAGGCAAACCUAAAUGUGCCUCUUACUAAGAUUGACCCCAACAAGAACACAGUUCCCCCCAUGCCUCACAUAUCGUACGCCAACCUUAAGAAACAGGGAGAGAACGUUCUACGCCACUUUAUAAGAAGAGAAUUUAUGAAUGUUAAAAGAGACACCAACUUCAUUCCCGGAGAGUUGGUGGAGCCUUCUCAGGUACGAAGGGUAAUUAUUGUAUCCACCUGGCGGAGUGGGUCCUCUUACCUGGGUGACCUCGUCAAGGCCUACCCUGGAACUUUCUUCAGCUUUGAGCCUCUACAUCACCUGCUGAAGAAUCUUCACUUGCAGGAAGGUCCAUUAGUUGAAGAAGUGGUGCGACUUCUCAGAUCAAUCCUAACGUGUGACUUUAGUCAACUAGACGUUUAUAUUAACUACAUGCGCAAUAAUACUUUCCUUAUAGACCGCAAUACUCGUCUCUGGAAAUCUUGUGCUUUUAACCGAGCACUCUGCUUUGACAAGGACUAUUUAUCGAGAGCUUGCAGAUAUAUGCCACUCAACAUGCUGAAGACUGUACGGAUGGGUCUGUUGCCGGUGGUGGAGCUGCUGCAGGACCCCAGCCUCGACCUGCGGGUCGUCCACCUGGUUCGAGACCCGCGUGGUUGUCUACACUCACGCAUGCAGCUGUCUUGGUGCCAGUCUCAGGCCUGCAGUGACCCGGAAACUGUCUGUAAUGAUCUCUUAACAGAUCUUAAACUCUCAGACCGGGUGAAGCAAAACUUUCCAGACAGAUACUUAAUGGUUCGUUACGAAGACAUGGGUCUCAAGCCUGAGCAGAAGGCACAAGAGAUCAUCAAGUUCCUUGGCCUCUCAUAUAACAAAUACAUUCAUGUCUUUGUUAGAGAGCACACAACCCCUUCCAGAAGAACUAAAAAGAAGGGUGAUGCCUAUAGCACUUUUCGAGACUCCAAAGCAACCACGUUUGCUUGGAGAGGGGCACUCAACUACACUGUAGUGGAAGCUAUACAGGAGGUCUGCAAGGAGCCUCUCCAAAAGCUCCAAUUAAGAAUAUUCCAGACUGAGGAAGAAUAUCAGAAUACAACAAUUUCAGUGCUACUCAAUUCCUAAUAGGGACUGUAAUUUAUAAGAGUUUAAAAAAACAAUGUUUUAAAUAAAAAUAGAAUGCAAAAAAUUUAUUUUAUAUAAUGUACAAAUUCACCUAGAGAAUAUUUCACUUUCCAUGUGUGCCUCCGAGAGGUAUAUUGAACCAUUUGAUUAUUAUGCCAUUAUUCCUCGUCAAUUUAUAUGCAUAUCCUUCCUGUAUGAAGCCACUCAGUGCUCUUCGGUCAUAGUCGUCUCUGAUAACAAGGAAUAGAGUGCAUGAAAGACUUCAGAAGACUGUUAUGAUUGGGAAAAACACUUGAAAGGUGCCAUUGCAAGAUUGCAUUCAAGACACAGCAUUUUAGUAAGUAAAGAAUAUAUUUUUUUUAAAUUAUAUAUUAUUUAUUAUUUGAUUUUAUCUUUAUUUAUUUUCAUUAUGAUGAUAGAUUUAUUGAUGCAAAUAAUUCAAGAUACAGUAUAUA